AUGCUCAUCAACCUGACUGUGGCCAUCAAGGAAUCUCGUGCCUUUCAUGGAACAGAGCCCGCCUUCCCCGCCACUGCCCCUGACCCCGUGGAAGUGACGGCCAUGGAUUCACAUCCAGUGCGGCUUGCCCCUCCACCACCUCCCCUAGCACCUCCACCACCACCUCCUCCACCUCCUCCUCCCCCUCUGCCACCUGCGCCCUCCACUUCCCCUUUCAGCCGAGCAGACAGUGCCCGCCGCAGCCGACUCAGGAAGCUGAACUGGGAGCGGAUUCCCAAAGAGAAGGUGGAGGGGCGGAAAAGUGUGUGGAGUGGGGCAGACCCAGGCGAAGAUGAGUUCCCCAUAGAUCUUCAUUCUCUGGAUGAGCUGUUUGGUCAGAAGGACAAUAAGCCACAGGACAGAACCAGCAAACUGAGACGCAGGUCUGCCCUGCUACGCUGCAGAUCCCCUCAAGACAGCUCAGAGGAGAUCUCCCUGUUUGACUCCAAGCGCAGUAUGAACAUUGGAAUAUUUCUACGCCAGUUCAAGUUGCCUGCUAAGGACAUUGUUGAAGAUAUCAGACAUGGUGCUGGAGAUCGCUAUGGAGCAGAGAAACUUACAGAGCUCUGCAAAUUACUGCCUGACAGUGAUGAGGAAUCUCGCCUGAAGAGGUUCAGUGGGGAGCGCAGCUGGCUUGGAGAACCUGACCUUUUCAUGUUGCUGUUGGUGGAAGUCCCCAGUUUUCGACUUCGUCUGGAUGCCAUGAUCUUGCAACAAGAGUUUGACCCUGCUGUGACCUCUCUGUGUGUGGCAGCCAGAUGUCUGAGGGAGGCGGCCAGAGAACUGCUGAGCUGUCCUGAGUUACACUCCAUCCUCCGUUUGGUGCUGAAAGCAGGAAACUAUAUGAAUGCUGGUGGAUAUGCAGGGAAUGCCGCAGGUUUCCGAAUUUCGUCACUGCUCAAACUGGCUGACACCAAAGCCAACAAGCCGGGCAUGAAUCUGCUGCAUUUUGUAGCUAUGGAAGCUGUGAAAAAGGACCAGAGUUUACUGUCUUUCCCCAGCCAACUAGGCCAUGUUGGCUCCGCCUCCAGGUUGUGUAAGGAGUCUGUACUGGAGGACUUAUCCAAGUUAAAAAGCAGAGUGGUGGCCCUCAAGGCUGAGAUCCUGACAGAGCCAGAGAUUCAGCAGCAUACACAACCUUUUCUGGAGAUGGCUGAGGAGCGAUUGACAGAAGUGGAGGAUGAGGUAGAGGGUAUGAGGAUGUCCAGUCAGGCUCUGGUGGAGUUCUUCUGUGAAGAUGACAACACCUUCAAAUUAGAGGAGGCUUGCAGGGUCUUGCAUUUAUUUUGCCUCCGCUUCCAAAGAGCUGUUCAGGAGAAUGCAGAGCGAGAACUGAAGGAGCAGAAGCGGUUGGAACGUCAGCGUGAAAUGGGGGAAAAGCGUCGCUCUUUGGCAGUCUGUACAGGACUGGAUCUGGGCCUGAGCCUUGCCAGAGAACCACACAGUCAGGAGAACCAAGAUGAACUGGAGAAAAUCCUGGAAAAGAACUUGAGUUACACAUGGAGUCGACGUAGCCUGAGAAGCACAGACUCUCGCAGAUACUCUCACCAUCUCCAAAAUGACAGCAUCCAUCUCCAUAACUCAUCCAUGCUCAAGAGUUUUUCUGAGCUGGACAGCAGCCUCACAUCAAGCAGUUGUCACUCCAACAGCUCUUCUGAACAUGAAACCACCACUGUGCUUUGUAGCUCCCCGGAAACUGAUGGCACAUGCUCCCCUAUAGACCAAGAACCUGUUCUGAGUGGAGAUGGUAGGACUAAUCCUAGCAAACACCAAGUAACCAGCCAGAGGACGGAAGCAGUUCAAGACUCACACAUUUCUCCAUUUAGUCACUCACAGCAUGAACAUUGUCUAAUAGUCAAACAACAUGGGCCUGAGAGCAUUUCUUAUUCUUUGCAACAUCAUCUGGAGGAAACCGACACCCGUGGACUUAGAAAUGAAGCUGAAUCUUUACCGGGUCCUUACACAAACUCUCCUGCUCUUUCAUCUGGUUCCCUUUGUGAUAAAACCCAAACCACUGGUCACAGACACAGGUUUGGGUUGCAGCCAACAAACGAUAAUCAUCCCCUACAAAAGAAAUCAAUUGACACUUGCGCUGCUGAGUCCAUACCUCAGUCUGUUCAUAAAAGUGGAAUAUUUUCUCAUAGGAACACCAGGACUGGGCCGUUAAGGUACCAGAAAUCAGAGAGCCACUCACAAUCUUCAGUAAAUGUUUCAGAUAAAGUCCAUUCGCAGCCAGAGAGGACUGAGGUGCCUACUGUUACAACCACUGUUGCAAUGCCUGAUUUACCAAAACAGCCAGACACAGAGGUGGCGUCUACGCCUGUGGAUGACAACUGGAUGCCUUCAAGUUUACCAGAGUUCAGCCAGUCACAACCAGAAAAGUACUCUGACUUGCCAAAUCCUGAGAGGGACAUGGUGAGGUCAUACUCCCGUGUGGGUGAAACACUUGAGUGCCACACUCUAGUGAAGGGCCUCCGAUCAUAUGAUGUGUUGUCUCCCCCGACUUCCCCACUCCCACGACCUGCACCAAGUCUCUGCUCCAAGUGGAGGAAAGAGAGGGAGGUUGAUCUUCGAGAAGGGACAACUCAAGGGUCUCCUACCUCAAAGGAGGAGACCCGAACCAUGAAGAUCCCUGUUCGAAGUGGGAUAGGAGCCAAAAGGGGUCUCGUGUCUCGUGCGAGUCUUUCCAAUAGCACAGGCAUUCCCAGGGUGCGUUCCAAAACUGAAACUACAAAUUCAGGUCCAGCUGCUACAAACCCACCCACUCCUAGCCGCCCGUCUGCACCUCGCAGCCUAUCCAUGCGCUCAUCUCCUAUCACUCGGCCUGCAGCUGCUCAGGGUGACGUGAAAAGAAGUAAUAGCACUCGAGAGAGGACACAGACUGUAAAUGAAGCACCAACCCCAGGAAAGCCUACUCUGAUCCGCAGGACUUCAGACAGAUCAGUGUCAGAGAAAGUCACAGGCAGCACCCAGACAACUUUCAUCAGAGGAUCUCCUCUCCGAGUGUCUAAAAGAGUUGCCCCAAACUCUGAGUCUCAGAUUCCCUCCCAGCCUCGCACAACCCACAGCCCAUCCUCCACCACAGCCAAGACCAUACGCACGGCAGUCAUAUCUGCUGCCCGUAGUAAAACUGCCAAAACAACAAGCAGCAGUACUCCAGUUGCCAACUCUAAAAUCCCUACAGCCUCACGGAUACCUGGUCCCAAAAUGCCUCGAUCUACUUCUGCUACAGCUCAGCCUCUUUGGAGGUGAUGGACAGUUGAAGUGCCUCUAGUUUUAAUUUUGUGCAGACUUUUCCUGCCUUCAUGAUUCCGACAUAUUGUGAAAGUAUUCAUAAAUUGUCUUAUCAUUUGCUGUCUGGUCUUUAUCAGUUCUACUUCAAUAUUCACCUUUUAUUAUAUGUGUAUUUAGUUCUGACUGGUAUAUAGGUGAGAGGUAACUGCAUGGGGAAUAUCUUGGACACCACCUGAGCAGGAAAUCCAUUUAAAUCCUACCUCUUUUUUUAUCCACUUGGGUCCAUUGCAGGCAAUGGGGCAUCUCAAAUUUAACUUUUCACACCAGUAAAACAUUGUGGGAUCACUCAGUACAAUGUGUGGGAUGUAGGAUAACUGGGGAAUUACUUUAGUUUCUGGAUUUGGGAAAGAAGUAAUUUUUUCUUACUGUAUUUUAGGAAAUGAUCUUUAUGUUUUGAAUACUGUGAGUUUUUUGCUACAUGAUCACUGUGUUCACACCUGGGCUGUCUUAAAGUCCAAACUAAACAUGGUACAACAUCAAACUGUUCGUCCACUUAUUGAGAGGCCUCAUGAUUCUAAUGCACUUUACAGACUGAAGAAGAGGCUGCAAGAUGAUGAUGUUUGCUGUAAUUUUGUCAAUGUUAUUUUAUAUCAGAAGAUUCUAUAACUUUAUUGAACAGCAGUGGUUCAUAUUCACUGUAUAAUAUGGAUUUGUAAAUAGAAGAUGAAUAAAAAUGGUGAUUUGAUUGCA